UUCAAAUUUCCUCUCUCUCUCUCUCUCUCUCUCUCUCAUCCUAAGCAUUUCUUAAAGAAAUGGCUCUUAUGAGUAGGCCAUAUGCUUACUCAAAGAUGGAAAGAGAAGACCCAGAAGAGAUAAAGCAUAGAAGAGCACAGUUCUUGAUCUACAAAGCACUAGAGAAAGUGGAUUCUCAGAGAAGACCAUCAUGGUUGAGAGUUAGAAUCUGCAAACUGAAGAUUAAGAUUGGGAAGAGAUUGAAGAGGUUAAGGAAAAGCAUGUUGUUAAGCAUGUCUAGAGCUAAGAAUGGUGUUUGCAAACAAGUUAUUUGUCAAUGGAAAACAUGGAAGCGCUUGUUCCGCAGUGGUGGACAGGUCAUGGUCAAUCUUCCUCCUGUGUUUGCUUGAGAAAUUUUCUCUCUUGUUUUCAGUUUUUGUUUGUUUGCCAAGAAAAAAGAAACAAGAAUGUUACCAAAAGGGUAUUUCAAUUGAGAUUGAUUCCCUUGUUUAAUCAUAUUUUCAUGCCAAUGGUUUGUUGUUGUCU